UUAGUCGCGAUGUUUCGUAAGCCGACACUCGUCUGCAGUUUAUCAUAUAUUAUGCGUGUGUGUAAGUGUACAUGUGUAUACCUAUAUAUACACAUAUAUAUAUAUACAUAUACAUAUAUAUAUAUAUAUGUAUAUGUAAUAGUAUAUAUUUAUGUAUAUCUUUUCUCGUAUUUACAAGGGCCAAGACGCAUCGCGCACACAGUUACAUACGCCCACUUUAGUUUUAUGCAGAGAUCUUCACAGAGACAAGAAUAUUCGUAAGAAACGCCCUACUACCAGCCUCUACACAUCUGGCUUCGUAGUAUCAGAACUUGAAAAAAUACGCGGUAUAUCAUCUUCAACGAAAGGCUUGGACAGAGUAACCGGUCCGGCGGAAGUAGGUUGUUCUCCUCGAAGGCACUAUUGUACGCGAAAACAAAUAUUCGUCCUCCCGAAAGAAGUAUAUCGCGUUUUCGAGCUAGUUCCCGAUCUAUUGUGUCUGUAAAAGUAUCCAUUCUCCUCAAGAUGAGAUGGUCUCCGAAGCUCCCAAAUCAGACG